AUGAUUUCUAUAUUAGAUGAGAGUUAGUAAGAAAUUUUGAAUGUUAUGAGAAAUAUAGGCGACAAUAAGGAUAGAAAUGAAAACACUAUUCAAAUAAUUCGAUCAUUUCUAACCAAAACUAAACUAUUCAAAAGUAUUGCUGAUGAGCCUGAUUAUCAAUACAUACUCAAACAAACAUCGCACAUUUUAAAAUACUAGAAAUAUAAAUAUGGGGAGUUUCUUUUUCAUCAAGGAGAGUUAGGCGAUAACCUCUAUUUUGUAUUGGGAGGAUAAGGAUCUGUUUAUUUACCUAAAGAAGAUUAUGAGCUCAAAACUGAUUUAAUUUAUUACUAAAAGAUUGGAUAGAUGGAUUCUGAAUCUUUGAAAAUUUAAGAUAAAGAAGACAAAAGUGUUACAAAAAAUUAGACGGAGUCCUAAAAAAAUUAAAGCUUAGUUAAAAAUAGUUGUGAACUCAACAUAUAGGAUUUUAAAAAUGAACAAAGCAAUGGUAUAAUUGAUAAAAAUUAGAAAAAUGUUAUUUUAGAAAAUGUUAACAAUAUGCUGACUAACAGAGUUAAAAUUUAAGAAGAUGAUGAUGAAGUUUCGAUUCUAGCGCUUAAUGAAAAGCACUAACCAAGAUACUUUCGUAUUUCAAGAGAUUUUGCAAUGUAUAAGAGAGUCAGAUAUGAGAGAUACCUAGAUCACUUUGGAGAGCUUGCCGCUGAAGAGUAAUUUAAUAGAAGAUUAGCUUCUGUAGUUGCAAGCAGCAAAGAUUAAGACUUUGAGGUAGCUUAUAUAAGUUUGAAAGAUUUUAAAGUUAUUUUUUCUACUGUCAUCGAAAAUCUCUACUUGGUUCAAAAUACCCUUUGUGAGCAGUUAAUAAAUACAUCAAAAAAGUAGACAAUUAAUUUUUCUUACUUGUUUAGUGAAACAAUUAAGCUAGAAAGAGGAUAGACAAUAUUUACUGAAGGAACACCAGUAAAUGGAAUUUACAUAGUUAGAAAAGGAACGAUAUCAAUAAAAAAGGCUAUCAUUGACUAAAAAUCACCUAUACAACUAGCUAUAUUAUCACAAAAAGACUUGUUUGGUCAUGAAGAUGCAUUCACUAAUCAUUAAAUGACUAGAACAAUUAGUGCAGUUUCAGAGGCAUAUGGUACUGAAGUCUAGUUUGCAAAAAUUGAUGAUAUACUAGCAUUCUUAUCAAACCACAAAGAGUUUGAAAAAGAACUCAAAAGAAAAUCUGAAUUAAAAAUUAGUUUCUAUAAAAAGAGAAUUACAAAUAUAGAAAAUCUAUUUAAAAACAAUACAAAAUUUUAAUACUAAAUUGAUAAAAAAAUUAGUAAAAUUCCUUUGGAUGGUGAAGAUUAAAAUGCUAUUUUUAAUAAAUUCUUGUAAAACUCUAGAGAAUAGCUUGUUUCUUAAGAAGCUAAUACAACUAUUAGAAGUUCUUAAAAUAUAAUUUAAGUUUCUAAAUUACUAGAAAAGAGUGGUUCUCAAAUUAUGGAAGCAGGUAACGUUUUAAAAAGCAGGUAAUUAAAAUCGCCUUAAAUGGUAUCAAAAUAGUCUCCAAAGCAACAAAACAUAGAAAUUUAGCAACAUAAGAAAAAGUAAGAAAGCAAUUAAACCUAAGAACAGUAAAGAAUGUAAGUUUUUAAAGGAAGAAAUAAUUUAAGAACUAGGAGCCUUAUAAAUAUCAGAACAUAAAUUCCAUAUGAUUAAAAUAACAAUGCAGCAUCCUAAUUACUUAUAGGAAAAAAUAAUAAAUAAGAAAUUCAAGAGACUUCAUUAGAGAGAGCAGAAAAUUAAGUAGAAUAGAAAUAAUAAAAUAUUAUAUAAAUAAACAAAUCACCAAGCAGUAAACUAUAAAGAUAAGCCACUUUUUCAUAAUACUCAAGCAAUAAAUAAACUUAAUAAACUUUGAAUAAUCUUGAAGAAGCUAGACCUUCAUUAGAGGUGGACAUAAAUUUAUUUAAUGAAAAAGAAUAAUUAGAAGGGAAACAUGUUUAUUAGAAUAAAAAGAUUAGCAAAAAACUCAAAGAAGCUAUUGCAGGCUAAUGGAAUUCUAAACCAGAAAAUUGGACUUUAGAUUCAAUUGAGAAGUAGAUUAAAAUAAAUUCUCAAAAUUUAACAAGUAAUAAAAAUCAAAAUAACUAAUCAAACACUCAUUCAGUUGCUGCAAAUCAAAGCAAAAGUUUAAAAUUGACAUAUCUGCAUAAUGAUAUGGAUUCAUUCGAGUAUGCUAAAAAAUUUGUAAUUCUCAAAAGAUAGCAUAAAAAGACACAGUACCUUCAUUAAUCUUAAACAAAUUUAUCGAAUUUAAAUACUGUUGAAGGUUAUAAAAAAUAAUAAUAAGCCAAAGAAUAAAAAGCAAAAUCACCAAUCAGUUCACCUUAAAGCAGGUUCGAUGAUAAAAUAAAGUAGAUGGAAUCUAAUACUGAAGAUCCUUUUUUUAAUCCCCAUAUUUCAAUCUAAAAAUUUUCACGUUUUUUACUUAAUAACUAAUAAACUAUAAAGAGCAUAGACAUUCUUCCUAAUAGUAAUGACUUAAGAAGCUCUAAAAAGUUUGGCACUUUAGGAAGACUUUCUUUAAACGAAAUUAGCUCUCCUAUGGCAAGAAGUUUCAUUUCUAGCUAAAAUAUACGCAAACCAAGCACUUCUCAAAGCAAAUGCAAAACAAAUGACAUUAAUAAAGAAAGUUUAAUAUGUGGUGAAAAAGAAAAAGAAGAAAAGCAAAAAAUAGUAAAAUUAAGACAAUGUUCUUCUACAGUAAUCGAUUAUAAUUUCGAUCAAGACAUUUCUGAAGAUUUUAAUGAAGAGCUGCAAACUUCAUUUUUGCAUUAAAACAAAUAAACUAACCAAAAAGAAAUAUUUAACUUAUAAAAACUUUAAGAAGAAAAUAUUAAGUAAGAAGAAAAUUAAAGUGAAGUUAACUAGAAUGAGAACAAAUUAAACUCUUCUGAUAAAAUUUAAAAGUAAACUGAUUUUAGCAACAAACAGACAAUUGCUCGCAGAUUGUAAUAUCAAAAUCCUUAAAAGAGAUUUUCAUAAUAAUUCGAUGAGAAAACAUACAUUCCACUGAUUUAAUUUAAUGGAAUCUAAAAUAAUAAAGAAAACUAAGCACUUUUUUCAAAGGAUCAAAAUAUAGAAAAUAUUGAUAAAAAUAAUAAACUUCUUUCUCAUCACAAAGGAUUUUUGCUUAACAUCAGCUAAUCUCCAAUACCUAAAAAUAAUGAUUCUCCAAACAAUCUUUAGAAAAUUUUUGAGGAAUAAGCUUCAGAAAAUAAGCAAGAAAAUCAAUAAUAAUAACAACAUAAAAUGACCGAAUCUUGUCCAAAUAGAAAUAGGGUUUUAAGUCAUCAUGCCUUUUCUUCGGAAGUAGAUUUAGAAAAUAAUCAGAAUAACAUAAAUGAAAACGAAAUUAAAUAUUUUUUAAAUGCAAAUUACGUAAAAAUGAAUGAGUCUUUUUCUCCUAUAAUCAUAUAGAAACUAUAAAGCUAAAAGCAAUAAACAAAUAUUUCCUCACACUUUUCGAAGCAUCAAAUAUCUUUUGUAUAACCAUCAACAACCUUUAUAGAUAGAUGUGUUUCUAGUCAUGACUCCCCAAUGUAUUAAACAAAUAGUUUUCAGAAAGCAAAAUAAAUAAAUUUUGGAUAUUCUUCCAGUAACACUCAAUAAUAGCUAAGUAAAAACUGCUAGUAGCUACUUAGCAGGAAUAUAAAAUCAUAGAUAGGAGCUUUUAGACAUUCUAAUAAAUUUGCUUUAUAAUAACAAUAACAAUCUUAAAUGAAAGCAAAUAACUUAAAUAAUUUAUAAAUGUAAAUCAAUUCUAUAUAAAAGCAAUAAUUAUUAAGUCAAAAUGUUAAUUCAAUUUAGACAAACUUAAAUAGCUUUGUCUUAAAGUAAUUACCUGUAAAUAUACAAAUUAAUGAAAGUAAAUUCUAUUAAGUAGAGGGACAAGAAGAUUUAGUAAGUCCUAUUCAUCACUCAUCGUUAUCUCCUAAUCUUAGAAAAACAAAUAUAGAAAGGAUUUAAUCAUCUAGUAAAUAAGGUAGAAACAAUAAUUCAAAUUAGAUAUCUUCAUUCAAUCAGCAUAUUGACGUUAGAGAUUCAUUCUCUCCUUCAUCAAAGUAAAACAAUAACAUUUAAAGUGAUUAAUUUAUGAAGAGAUUUUCAAUUGAUACAUUUAAUACUCCGAAAGAUGAUUCUAAAAACUCAAACAUUAAAUUUACCAACACCAAUGAUCAAUCUUUUAAUAGCCACAAUACAAACAGCAACACUCCAAAAGAUAUUUAAACAAAUAAAUCAACUAAUAAAACUCUCUAAGGAUUUAGCUAAUAAAGCAAUAUGUUGAGCAAUACUAAAUAGCUAAAGAAAUCUUUAUUUAAUAAAGAAGAUCAGCCAAAAAAUAACAUACUAAGUAAUGCUUUUCCUAAUAAAAAUAAAACUGCGAGUCACAGUAAAUAAAAAUCAUAGGAAAGCAUAAGAGAUGAUUUUAACACUCCAAUCCAAACCCUUCUAGGAAUGAAAAAAAGAUAAAAUAUCCAUUUAUCUAAUAAAUUUAAUUAAAAUUAAUAUUUAUGCAGUAACUCUGAUACUCCUUAAAAUUAAUUACUAACAAUAACUCCAUAUUAACCACUUACUAGUUAGUCUAGUGCUUAAAAUUCGAUACUAACUAAAUUUAAUUCAAGCAGUAUCAAUUAAAUUGCACAAAGCUAAAAUAAUUGA